AUGAAAGAUGGACUCUCUCAGUUGUUCUCGACAUUCUUAUUGGAUGGACAAGCGCAUAUAUCAAAUAUAUUAAAAAUAAUAUUUAAUUUUAGUGGAGUGGCCAGAUCAAUAAUUUUAUAUACUUUCGAAAUAUUAUCCACAAUAGAGUUCACUCAAACUCAAUGUACAAUUUUGGUUUAUUUUUCAGUUUUAGCCAAUUUUUUUUAUCGACAAGCAUUGGGAGGAUUUUUAUUAUGGAGAUUAAAACAAAUUGAAUAUUCCACUUGGGAUAGAUCAAUUAGUUUUGUUUUAUAUGCAACAAGAACAAUUUUAAAUAUUAUUUUAUUAGGAUAUCUUAGACCAAAUUUAUCAGAUCCAAGAAAAUGUGAUAAUGGAGGAAAAUACGGAUUUUUAAUUAUACAAUUGGGUUUUAUUGGAAUUGAUUUUAUUAUUGAUAGUUUCUUUACCGUUAGAUUAAUUCAAAUUUUAAAUGAUGGGAAUCGAAACGCAGCAACACUUAAUUCAAUAAUUGGACGAAAGACACCAAAAAGGACUUUAUUCACCGCAGUUUUGUACUGGAAUUUUUUAAGAUUAACUAUUGACUUUUUAUAUAAUGGAAUAUAUGUAUUGAACACUUUAAAAUUUAAUAAGGUUGAUGUUUCAAUACUUGAUGAAACGCGGGCUGUUUCUACUUCUUCAAGAUAUUCAUUUCGACAUCGAUCAAUAUAUUCACCUCCUUCAACUUGGAUAAAAGAACCUUCAUAUAGGCAACAACAAACUGCUUCAUUUCAACUUGAUAAAGGAAAAUUUGUAGUUGUUUCAAUGCAAAGAUUAACAUUUUUUGAAUGGGCUAAUAUGUGUGAUAAUUGA